AUGUCCGUCGAAGCUAGCACACAGCAAACCCAGCAAGUAAAGAGCCAUAAUCCACUACUUCUCAAUAUUGAUGUAUCCAAAAAAGUUAGAGGAGGAUUUGAUGAGAGUCUUGUUGAAGAAUUACCAUCAACUACAAGAGCUCGUUUUGAAAGACAUGGAGUUGAUUUAAGUAAAGGAUAUCCUGAAAAACCACCAUCUGAUCAGAUUCCUUUAUACGUUGAUGAUGCUUUCAAAAUAAGGGACAAACCUCAGGAAUAUAUUCCAAGAGGUAAAUUUGCUGAUCGCUCCAAAAAGGCAUUGUUUAGUAAAGCUAAAGAAUUUAAACAUCUUACUAAAUAUAUUGGAACUGAAAUUGUUGGUGUUCAAUUAUCUGAUUUGAAUGAACAAGAAUUAGAUGAAUUAGCUUUAUUAAUUGCUGAAAGGGUUGUUGUGUUUUUUAAAGAUCAAGAUCUUUCACCACAGAAACAAUUAGAACUUGGUGCAUUUUUUGGUAAUGUUGAAAUCCAUCCACAAUUUCAACAUGUUCCAGGAUUACCAGGUACUUCAGUUAUUUGGGAUGCUCAUUUCAAAAAAAAUGGAUUCAAAAAGACCUUUAAAACUGCUAAAACAGGUACUUCAAAUUGGCAUGCUGAUUUAACUCAUGAAUUACAACCUCCAUCAGUCACACAUUUACAUUUGGAUGCUAUCCCUUCAAUUGGAGGUGAUACUAAUUGGUCUUCAGGUUAUGCAGCUUAUGAUAAAUUGAGUCCAGCUUUCCAGAAAUUCUUAGAAGGUAAAGUUGUUACACAAAAAUCUAUGCAUGGUUAUUUAGAUAGAAAUGAUCCAUUAGGAGGUCCUAAACAUGUUAUUAGAGAACAACCAAUUAUAAGAACAAAUCCAAUCACAGGUUGGAAAUCGUUAUUUGUUUCAAAUGGUGCUUCAAAUUUAGAUAUUCAAGUUAGAUUUAAUUGGCAUUCUGAUACUGGUUCAAAUCUUGGAACUUCUGCACUUUGGGAUAAUAGAAUUGGACAACAUAAUGCAACAUGGGAUUAUGAAGAUGAAGAUCGACAUGGAACAAGAGUUUCUUCAUUAGCUGAGAUUCCAUAUUUUGAUCCAAAUUCAAAAUCACAAAGAGAAUCUUUAGGUUUAUAA